AUGUCGAUCCAUGCCAUUCCGUGCCAUUCCCUGUCAUUCCGUGCCAUUCCUGUUGCUCCCUGUCAUGGCUCCAAAUCUCCCUCCUUCCACUCCCUCCCUACUCGCCCUUCUCUUCCCCCAACUUCCUCCCCUCCUCCGCAGCAAGCAUCCAACGACAGCACCGCACUCCACCCAUCAGAACUUCCCUCACUUAACACCAAACCCACCGCUGCUGCUUCAACACCCAUCCCCACCCCACCCACGCCACGUACUCCCAGUCUCUCCUCUCUCCUCCCCUCUCCGCUCCCUCGCUCCGUCCUCCUCCCUCUACUCGCGGCGGCCAUAGCUGCAGCCACGUUCUUCUCCUCCCUCUCCUGGCGCCUGGGAGGAGGAGGGGGUGCUCCCUUCGCCGCUCUGCUGCGCCCUCCCCCUGCCGCUGCUGCCAGCAACCAGAUCGUCCUGACCCCGCCCCCACCGGGCACAGCCAGUCCAGCGGCGCUCAAGUCACCCCAGCAGCGUGCAGGCAUCACGGAUAAGGCCCUCUAUGCCAUCGAUCUCUCUCAAUCCCUCCAUUUUAUCCCUUUCCACCGCUCUCCACCCCUCUCAGAUCGUGCUGACCCCGCCCCCACCCGGCACAGCCAGUCCAGCGGCGCUCAAAUCGUGCUGACCCCGCCCCCACCCGGCACAGCCAGUCCAGCGGCGCUCAAGUCACCCCAGCAGCGAGCAGGCAUCACCGAUAAGGCCCUCUAUGCCAUCGACCUCUUCCUCACCACUGAACCUUCUGGGAAGCUCCUGCUGCUCUCAGUCCUCUGGGUGGCACUCAUGCUCGUGGGAGCCAAGCCAACUCCUGCUGCUCUCUGUCCUCUGGGUGACCCUCAUGCUGCUGGAAACCUUCAAGUUCACAAAUGUUUGAGCCGCCCCAAUCAUAUUUCCUUUCCCCCGCUCUCUCCCCCCCUUUUCCCCCAGCUCCUGCUGCUCUCUGUCCUCUGGGUGGCCCUCAUGCUGCUGGGAGCCGGAGCCUUCAUCGCUGCAGCCAAGGCGACCAAUGAGGACGUGCCAUUUGGCGAGGCUGUGUGGGUCUCGUGGACCAUGCUGUCAGACCCCGGCCAGCAGGGCGCUCAGUCGCCCACCAUCAAGGGUCUGCUGCUGCUGACGCUGCCGGUGCCUGUACUAGUGGGUCUGGACUCGAUAUGGAAGCGGGUGCUGUCAGUGGUGCUGACACUAAAGGGGUUGCUGCUGCUGGCGCUGCUGGUGGGUCUGGCAGCCGUGACCUUCCCAGUGCCACCACCCUCCCUCUUCACGUCCCCUGCUCUGCGAUCUCCCCCCACCUCCCCACCCCAGGACUCAAUCUGGAAGCGGGUGCUGUCGGUGGUGCUGACCAUCAAGGGCCUGCUGCUGCUGGCGCUGCUGGUGGGUCUGGCCACUGAUGGCGUGGCGAAGCAGGUGGACGAUCUGAACAAGGGCAAGGGGGCCGUCAUGGAGCGCGGACACGUGCUGGUCGUGGGCUGGACCCCGCGCACUAUCCCCCUGGUGCAGCAGCUGGUGGGGGCGGACGGCAGUCGGGCGGUGGUGGUGCUGGCGGGUGGCAAGGGCAAGGAGGAGAUGGACAGUGCGCUGCUAGAUGCCAUUCCCAAGAGCGAACGACAGAAGGCGGGAGGCGGGCAGAUUGUGACGCGCACCGGCUCGCCAUUCCACUCGGAGGACCUGGCGCGCUGUGCUGCUGACGCUGCGCGCUCCAUUGUGCUGCUCUCCCCGCCCGUCUCCGACCCCUCUCAAGCCGACGCCUUCGUGAUCCAAGCCAGUCUCGCACUCGCCAACCGCGCUGACAUCAGCGCUGACAUCAUCGCGGAGCUCUCUUCACUCUCCAACGUGCGCCUGCUGCAACGCCUCCACCGCACCCUCCUCGCGCCCUCCCCCUCCACCACCGCCACCACUGCCCAAGCACCGCCCACUGGCAUGAGGGGGCGCAGGAGGCGGCUGGUGCCGGUGGCGGCGGAGAACCUGUCGCUGCGCACGCUUCUGUCCGCUGCUGUGCACCGCGGCACUGCUGACGUCACCGCUGACCUGCUUGACUUUGAGAACGACGAGUUCUACUUCAAAGAGUGGCUAGAGCUAGUGGGGCGCACGUUUGGCGAUGCGCUCUUUCUAUUUGACAACGCCACCCCCUGUGGGCUCAUGAAGGCUCCCAAGCACCACACCGCACCCGAUGCUUCCGGUGGUGCUGGUAGCACAAUGGGCGAGGUGCUCGUGAACCCGCCCAGCUGGACGCUCAUAGAGCCUGGAGACAAGCUCCUAGUGAUAGCAGCGGAUCGCAACAGCUACCGCCCGGGACCCAGCCGCCUGCCGCCCCCGCCGUCCGAGCUCACUGCUGCAGCUGUCCCGGCAGCCACUCAGAAAGCGCCACGUGGCACCAGCAGCAGCAGCGUGGGUGGCAAGCAGCAUGUGCUUAUAUGCGGAUGGCGGCCGGAAGCAAAGCAGCUGGUGGAGCUGUUGCCCUCGAUACUGGCACAAGGCAGUGAGGUGACGGUGGUGGCGACUCACAUCUCCCCAACAGACGAGCUGCUGCUGGGGAACAUUCGCAGGCACAAAAAGCUCCCCAUCCGCAUCAAGCGAGGCAGCCCAGCAGACCGGGAGGUGCUGGAGUCGCUGCCUCUUGAGACCGUCGACUCGGUGAUUCUGCUGCAGUCAACGCAAGUCAACGGGGGGGAGAACGGGGAGGACGAGGAGGAGGAUGCUGGCAUGGUGGACAGCUCACAGGCUACAGUGACCGCGCUGCUUAUCAGGAGCAUUCAGACGGCCAGGGGGGGAGCACAAGAGGCGGCAAUAGUGGCAGAGGUGCCGGCGAGUGAGAGGGACGUGGCGAGGCAGGUGGAGCGGCAUGCACUGGACGGAGCUGUGUGUCCCGAGCACCUGGAGGCUCAAGUGCUGGCGCAGAUCACACACGACCCGGAUGUGGGCACGGUGUUGGACGAGAUAAUCGGGUCGGAGAGGAAUCGCAUGGCGGUGCGGCGAGCAGACGAGUUUAUCGGGGAGCACGAGGCAGGCAUCUUCAACCUCUGGGAGAUGCAGCCCCAGCGAAGUUCCCCCCUUCCUCCCCUUUAUCAACCCAACUCCUCCCGCCCGACCCACCCCCCUCCUCUCCCCCCACCACCAGGCGCGGGUGCGCAUGAGUGA